CUUAGUUUGCUGCAGUCUCGUUUCCAUUUUUCUCACCUUCCGAGCAGACCUUCGUCUGAAAGAUGUCAAAUGAUCUUUCUUCAAAACCCCACCAAGUUGGCUAUGCUUUAACUCCAAGAAAGGAGAAAACUUUCAUCCUACCUUCCCUCCUUUCCCACGCCUCCCAGAAUGGUGUUUCUUUAACGAAAAUCGAACCCAGCAAACCUCUGAUCCAACAAGGACCGUUCAAUUGCAUCCUCCACAAACUGUACGACUCCGACUGGAAACAAAAUCUUCAAGACUUCGCUUCCCAAAACCCUAGCAUCCCCAUCAUCGACUCCCCAGAUUCAAUCGAGAUUCUCCACAGCAGAAUCUCAAUGCUUGAAACUGUUCCGAAACUGAAAAUAAGCCACACCGGAGUCCCCAAUCAGAUUACCAUCAAUGAAGUCACGGAUUGGGCUGGAAAUCAACUUCUCGUCGAUCGCAAAGCCGUUAGUCGCGGACUGUAGAGUUUGUUAAUCACAGUGGCGUCAUAUUUAAAGUGUACGUCACCGGAAAAUAUUCCCGGUGCGUGAAACGGAAGUCGUUGCCUGAUAUUUCGGAGGAGAGACUGGUAAAUUCGAAAGGUUCGCUGCCGUUUUCACAGUUUUCAAAUCGGUGAUGAAGGAUGUGGAUUCAAAAAGACGGAAAUGCCCUCGAAAAAUUUAGUGGAGGAGUUGGUGGAAGGGUGGAAGGAAGAGUUGAGAUUGAAUUUGUUUAACUUCGAUGUGAUUAGGGAUGUCAAAAACAAGGAUAAUUACAUAGUCAUUGAUAUCAAUUAUUUU